AUCUUAAAAUAAUCACGUCUAAGGAUUAUCAUGAAAUAACGGUGGGAUUGUGGCAACCUAAUCGAAUAAAUUUUUUCCCCAUCAACCCUUUGCUUCCUACUUAUAAAGAGCACCCAUUGCUCAUUCUCUGGCACACACAUUAUCGUUUGUUUCCCACAGCAAACUUUUGAAUCCCUCUUUCAAACCAUUUUUUUUUUUCACUUCUUCAAAACAAUUGAAGCUUCUCUUUAUUUAUCAUCAAUGGCUUCGAUGUCUUCUCAUGGAUCUGGUACAUGGACUGUAAAGCAAAACAAGGCCUUUGAGAAGGCAUUGGCAGUUUAUGAUCAAGACACACCUGAUCGAUGGCUAAAUGUUGCAAAAGCUGUGGGUGGAAAAACUGCUGAAGAAGUCAAGAGGCAUUACGCACUUCUUGUCGAGGAUGUUAAGUUUAUUGAGUCUGGCCAAGUUCCUUUCCCUUAUCGAACCUCCGGAGAUGGUAACCAAGGAUGAGGAACAUGAAGUUCCACCAUGAGAUUUGAUGGUGAGAAGUAAUGGAAGAAUAAAGGAGGAAAGAAGAAUGAAUCUUUUGCUCUAACUUAUAUAUAAAAUAUGAUAUAUUUCUUGUGUUUUGUUUUUUCAAUGAUAUCUAAUAUUAUUGAUUUGUGUUAAGCUUUUAAGUUAUUGGUUAAUUCCAUGUAUUAUUGUGCAUCGACCUCUGAUUUUGGAGGGAUCAACAGAUUGAAAUGAAUCAUUCCUUCCUUUUUCGUGAG